UAUUGGAUAUUGGUUGUAAUCAAACUGUGCGUUACCUCAUGUGCUCAAAAACUAGUGAAUGGCUAUUAAGGGAGAUAUCUAACAGGAAUGCUCAAACAAGGUGCCCCAAAACCGAGAGAUCGUGCGUCGACUCAUCUUAUGUAAAUUGUGAAGAUGACUUGGCCGUCCACAAAGAUAAAUUGAAAGAGUUACAUGCAUGCUUAAAAAAAGCUUUGGCGACUCCAAAGCCACUCGGUGGACCUAUAAUCCUUUUGACUGGACCUACAGGUUCUGGAAAGACUACUGCUGUUGAAGUUCUUGCCCGCUCAACCUUUGAUAAAGUUAACAUUAUAGAGUUUCUGGAUGAAGGCAUUGGUCAUGAUGAGUAUACAGAGAUUGAGAAAUUCGUUUUGUCUUCUGGAGUUUAUGGUGGGCGAUCAGUCAUUUCUGCAGAAUCUGAAAAGUCACCAGAGUGUGUCUCUCCGAUAACAGUUAUGAUCCUCGAAAAUCUUCCUGCUGUUGUUGGCGAACAUCCUUCCCGCCUUCAUAAUCUUCUCCGUCUUCAUAGUGCACGUGCGUGUGUAAAUUGCCUAUUAGUUCUUAUUUUGUCCUCUUCUUCGGUCGCUGAAAAUGAACUAAGUGAAAGGAUUAUUUGUCCUCCUACCUUGUGUAGUGAAUUACUUAUACAGCGCAUAGAAUUCAAUCCGGUCGCACCAACGAUUAUAAUCAAAGCAUUAAGUAGAAUCGGGAAUGUUAUGGCUCAACAGCUUGGUUUGAAACUACCGUCUCGUCAAUUACUGCAAUCUAUAGCGAAUGACUGUUCUGGAGAUAUUCGAUCGGCUUUUAAUCAGCUUCAUUUUCAGCUUACUUCAGAUAAAGGGAAUCGAAACAAUUGUACACUAUUAUCUUCUCAUCGAGAUGGAGUUUUAUCACUAUUUCGUACUAUAGGCAAAAUACUCUAUUGUAAAAGGAAGUCAGUAAACAACGAACAGAUGGUAUCAAGUCUGAAUAAAAAAGAAGGUAAAUUACCAUCACAUUUAGCAACAUGGAGGCGGUCUCCACUUGACUUUGAUCUUGAGGAGAUACUGGAUUUGUGUCAUACAGACGGUGGACACAUUGUUUCAUGGUUGCAUGAAAAUUAUCCUGAUUUUUCCCCGAAUAUGACUGCGUUGGAACUAGUUUCACAACAGUUUAGUUGGUGUGAUGCAUAUUUGACUGGUGGAAUGAAUUGGCAACUUGGUUUAACGCCAGCUUCAGAUUCUUUUGUCUCGAGAAAAUUCAAGAGACCGUAUAACAUUGCAAGCAAACACUAUCCAGCUUUGACUACUGCGCAAACAAUUCUACUAGCCGAUGGAAUCGAAGAUAUCUCAGGGGGUGAUUUCUCUAGAAAUAUCAAAGCGUUUCGUUCUUUCCGUCCACCUUCAACUUUAAGUAGUUGGAAAUUGUGCAAGCAGAAACUUGAUGCAUUAGAUGACACUUUCUUAACUUCUAAUUCGUUAUCACCAAUAUGGCUAGUUCAACAUAUGAUUACGAGUCGUAUUGCAAUGGUUUUGGAUUAUUUGCCUGUCAUGUGGAAAGUUUUUGGAGAAGAAUGGUUUUCUCAAUUCGGAAAUUUUGAAGCGAUAACAUUAUUGUGUAAUUUUUCCAGUCAAACUAAACAUUAUCAUCAUUCUCAAACAACCACUUCAACUAAUCAUGCACAUGCCUAUACCAAGCGUUAUCAUGUUCAAAAUGCUGCUAAUUUCAAUUGUAAUGAUGAAAACAUUGAUUGGCAUUGUCCACCUGACGCUGUCAAUGAAGGCAACAAUUAUGAGAUUGAUGAGAAUUUUUCCGAUGAAGAGAAUAUCAAAGUAAUUUGAUAAAGAUUUGUUACCCUUUUCUUUUUUUUUUCCACAUUGAUAUCAUGUUGUAUAAAUAAUGAUAAUUCUUUAUUAUUUUUCUUUCUGGCUUUUACUCUUCUGCAUUUAUAUUCCGACUACUUUGUUUGUUUGGUUUUUGUAUUUUUAUCAAAAUGUUUAUAUGAUUAAAAGAUUAUUAUUUUGGAAAAAAGCUUUUCUUACAUUCAACUAGGCUAUGUAAAUUAUUAUUUUUUGAGAUUUGCUAUUUUAAUGUUAGUUUAUUUAAAAAAAAUUAUGGUUAAUAAAACUCAUUCAACUAUUACUGUAUCAAAUCUUAUUUUUU